AUGGGGAAUCUACCAAUCGAAAGGGUUCGUUUUUCAAGGCCAUUUAGCAAAGUUGGCUGCGAUUAUGCUGGACCUAUCACUCUUCGUUUGGCUCGUGGAAGGAACCCUAAAUUUGUCAAGGGUUACAUAGCUCUUUUUGUUUGCUUUGUGACAAAGGGAGUUCACAUCGAGUUAGUGGGUGAUUUGUCAUCCAGUGCAUUUAUUUUGGCCCUAGACCGCUUUGUAUCGCGCCGAGGAAAACCAACAGAAAUAUGGAGCGGCAACGCCACAAAUUUCCAUGGUGCUAAACGGUUUCUCGGGGAGAUGCAUGAAUUGUUAAUGGACCAGCAGCGAAACAAUAUCAUUGCAGAUCAUCUAUCUAAAGACGCCAUUGAUUGGAAAUUCAUACCACCUUCUGCACCCCACUUUGGUGGGCUGUGGGAGGCAGGUGUGAAAUCCGUGAAGAAGCACAUCACACGUGUCAUUGGUGAACAUAUACUUACCUACGAGGAGAUGUAUACUCUUCUCUCCAAAAUCGAAUGUUUACUCAACUCACGCCCAAUGUGGCAGACCUCCGAUUUUGAACCAAUUGCACUUACUCCGUCACAUUUCAUGAUUGGAGAACCAUAUUGUGCAAUUCCUCAACCUGAUUUAGAUUUUUCAAAAUUUUCGAUAAGUUCUAAUUGGCAUCUUUUACAGACUCUCAUGCAAGGUUUCUGGAAGCAGUGGCAUAAGGAAUAUUUGACAUCAUUACAAAACAGACCCAAAUGGCAAAAGGUUCAACGAGAUCUACAGAAAAACGACAUGGUGUUGCUCAAGGAACCGAAUUUGCCACCUUCGAAAUGGAUACUUGGACGAGUCAUAGAAGUUCACCCUGGUGCAGAUGAAAGGAUUCGUGUGGUUACCGUUCGUACCAAGAAUGGUGAUUAUGUUCGACCCAUCGUUAAGCUAGCGCCUUUGCCGUUUUCUGAAAGACCGGAGUCUUCCAGGGGGGGCUGA